GUGCCUGAGGCUCUUUUGCCUUUUGCUCCUGAAAUAAGUGCAUAGUCGACGUGAAAAUGAUCCAUGUGCCGCUCCUGACCCUUACCUUGACAGCCGUUGCUGCGCUGCGGCCAUUUCGUGCGCCACAGACACAAAAAGACACUGUACUUGGACGGCGCGAUCUGGGCGCUGCAGCCGUCGCAGCGGUCGCAGCCUUGGCACCAGCGGCGGCCCGCGCGGAGCCGCGCGACCAGUGGAUCGCGGCGCAGAAGGAGAUCGACUCCAUCUUGGCUGAUUGGCCGAUCGCGGGCGGCGGCGACGGCAUCCGGCGGCGCAUCGGCACCGUCGGCACGACGAGUCCGUUGUUUGACAUCGAGAAGACUUGCCCGGAGACGGUGUGGAAAUCCAAAAAGCCGGACCUAGCAGCUCACUGAUUCGUUCACCGCAGGCCGGAAACUGAUCCCGACGGCCGACGACCCCGUCGCCUUCGCGGAGGCCUUGGAAGAGUUCGCGAGCGGCAUCGCGCGCGUCGACGGCAUGGCCUACUCGUCGAACUUCGCCGGCGGCUCGGGCAAACCCUCGGAGAACUCCGCGACGCGCUACAUCGAGCGGUCCAAGGACGAGCUCGUGGCCCUGAAAAAGGACGUCGCGAAGAUGAACGCCGCGCUAGGACAAUAA